AUGGAGCCAGCCACUGGAAACUCUAUGGUCAUUAGCAUUGAUCAAAAAACAAUUAGCCCACAUGAACAAUCUAACGACAAACUCACUCGUUCUUCCGCCAAGAAGGGAAAGCGGGCCAGGAACAUUUUCAAGGUGGCGCUGUUCAUGAUGCGAGGGCGUUCAAAAUCAAAACUUGUUGUGAGUGAGGAGUCCAAGAGCGUGUGGAGGAGGAUCCUGGGGUCCAUGCGACCACUGCACCUGCAAAACGACCAAUCCCCACCGCAUGAUAACAAUACAAACAUGCCUCAAUCUAAACCCACGAUCACCUCAUCACGGUUUGCUAAUGGCGUUGUUGAUUCCGGCGACGAUGCGUUUGAUUCUGCUUCGGAGUUUACAAACUCGCCGUCUCCAUGUAGCAGCUGCUACGCCUCGGCCGUUGGGCUGGACGAGCUGGUGCAAGAGGAGAACGAGAAAGAGGGUGUGGAGGAGAUGAAUAGUGAUGAUGGUAACAGUGACGGAGAAGGGGAUGAGAUGAUUGAUGCGAAGGCUGAAGAGUUCAUUGCUCAUUUUUACCACCAAAUGAGGUUGGAACGCUUUGAUGAUGUUGAUCGUCAUUACCAAGAGAUAAGCAUGAGAUCAUUAGGGUUAUAA